AGAAAAAAGAGUUGCGAUAUAGCUGAGCGAAACUACACAAUACGCUAGCAAUCGUCAUAACCAUGAUUAUAAGAGACCUGGGCGUUCGUCAUGCCCGCAGGGCAUUGGCGACCCCUCUCCGCCAGGCCUGCCUCCGCUGCCUCUCUACGCAGACCCCAACCUCACCACCGACGAGAAUCACAGACAUAUCCGACGCCGACCUCGCCGCGACCGCCGCAGCUCUCGAAACGCCAUCGCAACCACAAUCGGCAUCCCCAUCCCCGCAGCAGCACCCCUCCAUCUUCACAGCGAACGCCCGCGCCCCCUCGUCGUCGCGGCGGAAGAAGCCGGCGGCCCCGGACACGACGGUGGCGGACUUCCAGCUGAAGACGCACCUGAAGUCGAAGAUCGGCCGGCUGGGCGCCCGCGUGCAGCGCACGUACAGGCCGAACGACGUGUUCCGCAACCCGCCGGGCCCGAAGGACGUCACGCUGGAGCUGCUGAUGGCGUCGCAGGCGCACAUGGGCCACCACGCGUCGCUGUGGAACCCGGCGAACGCGCGGUACAUCUUCGGCGUGCGCCAGGGCAUCCACGUCAUCUCGCUCGAGCAGACGGCGGCGCACCUGCGGCGCGCCGCGCGCGUCGUGGAAGAGGUCGCGUACCGCGGCGGCUUGAUCCUGUUCGUUGGUACCCGGGCCGGACAGAUGCAGAUCGUCACGCAGGCGGCGCGGCUCGCGGGCGCGUGUCACCUGUUCACGAAGUGGACGCCCGGGUCUAUUACGAAUAGCGAGGUUAUUCUUGAUGGCAUGCCCAUGCAGAUUCUGGACGAGAAUGACGAGCCGGUUGUCGGCUUCGAAAAGCAUCUCCAGGACCGCAGGCCGCUGAUCCCGGAUCUGGUGGUAUGUUUGAAUCCCAUGGAGAAUUACACGCUGCUGCACGAGUGCUCGCUGGUCAACGUGCCGACGAUUGGUGUCAUUGAUACGAAUGCGGAGCCUACGUGGGUUACGUACGCGAUCCCGGCCAAUGACGAUAGUCUGCGGUGUCUGGCUGUCAUCGGCAGCGUCCUCGGCAGAGCAGGUGAAAUGGGUCAGAAGCGGCGCAUGGAUGAUGCCAAGAAGGGCAUCGUAGCGUGGGAGACGCCACUCGACGUUGCCAAGUUUAUGCAGGUACAGCGAGCUAUUCGGGAGAAGGAGGCCGAAAAGGCCGCUGCUGCGUCGGAAGAGGGCAGAUCUGCCCCUUCUUGAUCGGACGAGGUUGGAUCUAGACUUGGAGGUAGGUAGAAACUACCUAGGCAAACAUCAAAUAAGGGGGAAGUACGUUGCUUCCCUAUCUAAGAUUAUGUAAGGCUAGCAUGAAUGCCUUCUGUAUAAAAUGAUCCACCCAAUCAAUAUACUUGUCCGUGAAAGAAGACAUGAACAUUCCAUA